CGUUAAUAACCGGAAGUGUUCUUCGUCUUGGGAGCCCCUUCUAACUCUCGGUACUCUUUCUUUCUUUGCCAAGAAGACGACCUAAGUGAGCCGCUUCUAAUUUUUAUACUUGUCUUUAAUUUCGCACUUGAAUAACUUGAAGUGGUUGUGUUAAUUUUUGUUAUGCUAUAUGGAGAACCUUCCUGUUGAAGUGAUUGGUAUCAUAUUAUCCCAUGUUGCGUCUGCUAGGGAUAUUGUGAUUGCCUCUUUAACUUGCAAAAAAUGGAGACACGCUUGGCACAAUCACCUUCUCACUCUUUCAUUUGAUACAAUUGAUUGGCCUCUAUAUCGCCAAAUAUGUUCUACUCAAUUAGAAAUGCUCAUCACUUGUACAAUCUUUCAAACUAAAGGAUUGCAGUCUUUAACAAUUCUCAUGAAUUAUGAUCAUCAAUUUUGUGUUACCACUGUCAUUUCUUGGCUUAAGUAUACAAGCGAUUCGUUGCGCCAACUACGUUUUUAUGUCAGAACAUCCCCUACUUUCAAUAUCAUUGAUAAAUGCAACAGGCAAAGAUUGGAGGUUUUAGCCUUGGCUGAUAACCCUAUCUCGCGUGUUGUACCGAGUUAUCAUAAAUUUCCUUGCUUGAAGGGUUUGUCGUUGAGUUCUGUUACCAUAUCAGCUUUGGAUUUGAGUCUUCUGCUUUCUGCUUGUCCAAAACUUGAAGUCUUGAAUAUAUUUUGUCCAGAAAUCACUAUGUUGGAUUCGCAGGCUUCCAUAGAGCUUAGUAGCUCUUCUUUGAAGGUUUUAUUAGUUGAGUCAUUUAAUUUUGAUAAAUUUGUACUACAGGCUGAUUCACUUGAGUGUCUAGAUCUGAAAGAUUGUAACUUUGAUGUUUUCGAAUUGAUCGGUAAAGACACUUUGAAAGUAUUGAGGAUUGAUGAUGUGAGUAUCAACCAUCUUGACAUUGGGGAUAGUACUGAAAAUCUCGAGAUUGUAGAUGUCUGUAACUUCACAAUUAUGUGGCCGAAGUUUUAUCACAUUAUCUCGAAAGCGUCUAAACUAAACCGGCUUCGGCUGUGGGAUGUAGUUUUUGACGACGAGGAUGAGGUUGUUGAUAUUGAGACCAUUUCUGUUUGUUUUUCUAGACUCACAUACCUUUCCUUAAGCUAUGAUUUGAAAGAUGGAGUGCUUCAUUAUGGGUUGCAGGGUUUGUCUUUUCUGAUGAAUGUGGUGGUGUUAGAACUUGGAUGGAAUAAAAUCAGUGAUCUUUUCUCAGUUUGGGUAGUUGGACUUUUGGAAGGAUGUCCUAAUCUGAAAAAGUUGGUGAUUUAUGGUUUUGUUGCAGAGGUCAGAACACAUGAAGAGUGUCAAACUUUUGCAAGAUUUUCUGAAUUCAUGCUUCUACUAGGAAGAAAACACAGUCAUAUAAAGUUUGAGUUUCAAUAUGAGUAGUAUGUUCUGCUGCCACACUCGAUCAUUUUUGUCGAAGUAUCGGUUUAAUCUCACUCAAGAAGAAGGAAAAGGUUGAACCCAUUGCGAGUCUUUUUGGGAAGGAAAAGUUUAGAAGAGUUAAGUUGAGUCUUUUUGUGAAGGAAAGGUUUAGAAGAGUUAAGUUGUAGACUCACAAUGCUUAGAAAGUGUUUAAAAAGGUACAUACAUUUUAUCCACUAAAAGUCCUCACGAACUGAAUUAACUUUUAUAAUUAAGCAGUGUUGCUUUGUAUUGAUAAAAGAAACGAAUCUGAUGACCCAAAAGUUUCUGCAUUGUACAUGUUUGCCUUUUGUUUUAGUGCCCUUCUGAAUAAUCUGAAUGAUACUCCACAUUUUUUGUUUGCUAAA